AGCGAGCUGCCAAAAAUUCUGUAUCUUUGCAGUGGCUCCAAGACACAGCCGGUCUCGGAAGGAAUGCCAUCAGGAUAGAGCCACCUGAAGGAGUCCGGAUGUCUCUAAAUCCGGACACUCCUGCCCCUUCAGCCUCCAUUAGCUCGUCUUAAGGGGCUGGGCCUCCGUGCUCAGGCGUGUCACCUCUCUGCUCGCAAUGCCUCUGCCUCAGGGUGACGUGACUGCCUUAUUCCUGGGACCUCCCGGCUCGGGAAAGUCCGCCCUGAUCGCCGCGUUAUGCGGUAAGAAUGUGGACACGGUGGAGAUUCCCGAUGGACGGCCGGACUCUGGCGUGCCCAGCCUGAGAGCUGCGGCUCCGGGCCUCUUCCUGGGUGAGCUGAGUUGCCCACCCGCAGCUCCCGGGCCCUGGGCGGCAGAGGCCAACUUGCUGGUAUUGGUGCUACCUGGAUCUGAGGGGAGCGAGGAGCCCUUGACCCCAGCUCUGGGAGAGGCAGCGCGGGCCGCCCUGGCCAGAGGAACACCGCUGCUGGCUGUACGGAAUCUGCGUCCUGGAGAUUCCCAGGAUGCAGCUGAGGCCCGGGACGAGACUGCGGCCUUGCUGGACAGUGCUGGGUUAGGAGCUGUGCCUCUCUUUGUGCUGCCCGCGGGUUGCAGCAGCAGUGACCGCUGUGAGGAGCUAGAGCGCCUGGACAUGGUGCUGCGGACCCAGGCGGAGGCGCUGCAGAGGCUCCUGCCUCCUGCCCAGGAUGGCUUCGAGGUACUGGGCGCAGCAGAGCUGGAAGCUGUUCGUGAGGCCUUCGAGACCGGUGGCCUGGAGGCGGCGCUGUCGUGGGUGCGCGCCGGUCUGGAGCGCCUGGGCAGCGCACGACUGGACUUGGCAGUGGCUGGCACCACCAACGUAGGCCUUGUGCUGGACAUGCUACUGGGGUUAGAUCCUGGCGACCCAGGUGCUGCUCCUGCCUCUGCACCCACUGGGCCCACCCCUUAUCAUGCUCCAGAGCGCCCCAACGUAGUGCUCUGGACCGUUCCCCUGGGCCCCACGGCCACAUCCCCUGCCGUCACCCCUCACCCGACCCACUACGAUGCCCUGAUCCUCGUCACCCCUGGGGCUCCCACCGAGGAGAACUGGGCCCAGGUCCGCUCAUUGGUGUCCCCAGAUGCUCCACUCGUCGGUGUGCGCACGGACGGUCAGGGCGAAGAUCCACCCGAGGUUCUAGAAGAAGAAAAGGCCCAGAAUGCAGGCGAUGGGAACUCAGGGGAUGCACGCAGCGAUGGAAAGAAAGCUGGCAUCGGGGACUCGGGGUGCACUGCCGCUCGGAGCCCGGAGGAUGAGCAGUGGGAGGUGCUGGAGGAGGCGCCUCCGCCUGUGUUCCCGCUGCGGCCCGGCGGCCUCCCGGGUCUGGGAACCUGGCUUCAGCGCGCACUGCCCACAGCUCAGGCAGGAGCGCUGCUGCUGGCGCUGCCACCCGCAAGUCCCCGGGCGGCGCGGAGGAAAGCGGCAGCCCUGCGGGCAGGGGCGUGGAGGCCAGCCCUGCUGGCUAGCUUGGCGGCGGCAGCCGCUCCAGUACCAGGCCUGGGCUGGGCUUGCGAUGUGGCGCUUCUCCGGGGACAGCUGGCCGAGUGGAGGCGCGCGCUGGGCCUCGAACCCGCGGCUGUGGCACGACGUGAGCGCGCCUUGGGCCUGGCUCCCGGAGUACUGGCCGCACGCACACGCUUCCCGGGCCCGGUGACACGAGCCGAGGUAGAGGCCAGGCUGGGGUCCUGGGCAGGUGAGGGCACGGCGGGAGGUGCGGCGUUGGGCGCGCUCUCCUUCCUAUGGCCCGCGGGUGGCGCAGCGGCAACCGGUGGGCUGGGUUACCGUGCUGCGCAUGGUGUGCUGCUGCAAGCCCUUGAUGAGAUGCUGGCUGAUGCUGAGGCGGUGCUGGGACCCCCAGAGCCCAACCAAUGAGGUGUGUGGUGGGGCUUGGGGGUGUCUGGUGACUCGGUUCUUGGCCCCACAGCCUCUGAGAUUAACGAGUGAAGUUUUGUUACUCAAACCGGGAGACUUGAAGGAGACUUACAGUCACCCGAUUUCCUAGGUUCUGAAUGGGAGUAGGGUCUAUGCGACAGAUGUGUGUCAUCCAGAUACCAAUGCAGUAAAGGAAGUUGAGGGCCUGGGACUCCUGGGAAUAGGAGCCUCUUGGCGUCCAGCUGACACCCGGUCCUGGAUCUCUAGAAGCCUUGAUUCCUUCCUGCUCUGGGAGUGAACCUAUGUCUAUGGACCUGGAGCUGCAAGGAAUUAGAACCCUUGGAGUGCGGGGUUCCCAAAGGGAAACAAGAUAUCAGUUGCCCGAUGAAAAAAACAGAUUUGCGGGAGCUGUGAGAGGCUUAGAAAAAGUCUGGUUCCUAAGAAGGCUCUGGAGAUUGGUUGUCAUUUCUUGGGUGGUGGGAAGCCGCUGUGGAGACCAGGAGCCUGCUGGAGACUCUUUGGUCUCUUGGAGUGUGGAAGAGUGUCUGUCAUUUGCUCUUCAAGGCUUUUUUUUUUUUUUUCAGUGUAGUGAAUACUGUCUCACAAAAUUGAAGGGAAGAGACAACGGAGGGUCUGGGUAAGGUAGUCUUCUGAUGGCAAGAGCCUAGGAUCUUUAGAGUGUGGAAGAAUAGAAACCCACACUUGGAAAGACCUCCCUUGAGCCUCUGAUGUACUGGGAUCGAGGCAACUGCCUCUCCGAGCUUUACUGGGAAGGGGUAUGACUACCCCCAUUUUAUAGGUGCUGGGUGAUUGAGGGUCUCUGGCCUGUAUGUUCCUGUUUUGCUUUAGUUUAUACCGGUUUCUUCUGUCAUUUGGACCUUAACCGGCCUCAGAGUGUUGUGCUCCUGCUUGUCUGGAAAGGCAAGAGUCCUGCUGUAGCAGUCUACGGUUUUCUGCAUGACCUCUUCCGAUCACUCCAAGAUACCUGCUGCUGGUCCACACAGGCGGCUGCUGUGAACGAGGGUCCCCCACGGGAGAGCUGGGUAGGCCCUUGGUGCUAUGGGAAUGUGCCAGGAGGCAGGCAGAGGCAGAAACCACAGUGCUGUAAGCUUUGUGCCGGUGGGAAGAGCCGAGUAAGAUUCCUCAGUGUUGAAAACAGAAAAGGGGUUCAGAGACACAGGCCAGAAGCUCAUCAACACAGCAAAGCAGUGUGUGGCCCGGCCCUGCCUCUUCUCCAUUUCCAGCCCGUCUCCAGCAACCCUGAUUUGUUGUUCUGCUGCUCAGGUCCUGCCUUGAGACGUGUGCGUUUUCUGGUUUUCCGUGGAAUGCCCUCCCUCUCCAUCUCUUUUUGAGAUAGGCUGCUCAUCCAUCAGGUCUCCCUGAAAUGGCUCUAUGAUCACCCAAAGUAGCUCAUAUUGAUCCUGGCCGCUUGAUCGUCCCUGUAGUGAACAUUACUAUCAAUGGAUCUAUUCAUUCACUCUUUCAGUUGCCUGUUCACUGACUCUCACUCCUUGCCUGUCUUUCUCUUGGGUGUACCCUAGCACCCAGAGCAGGGCCCGACACACGGUAGGUGCCUAGUAUUUCUCAUCUUCGUUUACUGAUCAUUGGCACGUGGCCUGGAAUUCAGGUUGUCAGUCCUCUUGUAACAAAGAGGGAGCUAGGGGGAAGCGGGCACCUGGCGGGAGAAGGAACAGAAGCAGCUGCUUGGCUGCUGUCACCACAGGAACGAGCGCCGUAUAUGUUCACCUGGUAGAUGAAAGAACUGGACUGGAAUCCUAAGAGCAUCCAAGGGCUAAUAAUCGGAGGCCUGCAUAGCCCGGCUUUACCCCCGUCUCACCUUGAACUCUCACCUCUGACACCAUUCGCCCGAUGGAAGGAGGCCCCUGAUUUGGCUGUUGGUGCCUGUAAUCCUUGCACCUCUGGUUGACACGGGAGAAUUUGAAAUUGAAGGCAGUCUUCAGUGACAGAGAAUUGCAGGCUCCUAGGGUACCCGCCCGAUCCCACUAGAGUCUAGACUGGCCUUGAACUCCACAUCGUCUGACCCCGAAUCUUCUCAUUCCCUGCUCAGCCCAUCUUCAGCCAGCCUGAUACGAAGUCCUUGAUGCUUGAAUUGGCCAGCGUUGGCCCUGCCUCUGCCUCCCCACCUCUCCAGUACUGGGACUAAUACUCUAAAACCACAGCAGCUGCCUUCCAUUUUAAAGCUCUUAGAGCAG